AGCACCAGCGGGUCACAAACCACCGGGAGCCAUGUCCGGUGUCACCAUUACUCACUGGGUGAGGACUCCACCACGCCACCAGCCCUACUUCGAGGGCCGGGACCUGGAGGACUGCAUGGAGGACCACUGCCUGUUUUCCCUGCCUGGACCCACAGUCCCGGUGCCGGGGGCAAAAAGUGGAGAAGGGGCAGCCCAGAACGACAGGCGGGGGACGGAGCCCGUAUUCCAGGUGCUGCUGGACGUCACACAGUUCCAACCCCAGGACAUCCUUAUCCAGGUGUUCGAGGGCUGGCUGCUGGUCAAAGCCCAGCACGCGACCAGGAUGGACGAGCACGGGUUCGUGUCACGGAGCUUCACUCGACAGUACAAGCUGCCGGAGCAGCUCCAGGCAGGGGACUUGAGGGCUCUGCUGUGUCAUGAUGGAAUACUUGUGGUGGAGGCUAAAGACCACGCUCCAGGGGCCCAGUGA